AGGUCUUGGGCGCGGGGACCAACGAACGACCCUCCUGGAGUUGGAGACUUGGGACUUCCCUCUCGGGGACGGAGCCCUGCCCAGACGGCUCUGCCGGCUUCCCCUCCGAGGGCCUGGGAACAAAAAGCGGGUGUGUGUGUGAGGGGGGGGGGUGUCUGCACCCUUAGGCUAUCCUCCGCUCCCGGAGCUGUGCCAGGGGCCGUGCCCGCGUCCCCAGCCCCGUCUCCUGGCUCCCGGAUCGCGCUCCUGGAGGGGUGCUGCUGCAAGGCCGGCGGGGACCGUUACAAACCCCGCUCCAGGCAAGGGCAGGGAGCCGGCGCCUCUAUCCCAGGCCACUUCCUUCCCCUCUUUCUGUGCCCAGUCAAACUGACCCCCUUCCUUUCCUCCCGGGACCUGGUCUCCGCCUGGCUCCGCGCUUUCCGGGGGUAUUUAUUUGGUUGCCUCAGGUACAGGACUUGCGGCGGGCAGGUUGUUCUCUGCCGCCUCUCACCCUCCCAGGAGAACAGGAGCUCCGGGAGCGCCAGCCAGGGUAACCUUGGGGGUUCUGCUCACGAAUUCUCCUGUGUUCUCAGCACCCUAGUGGUAACGCGGUGGGAUUUCUGGCUUCAGACUUGGGUCAUGGGGAGCUGUAAUCAGGGAGGGGCGGGGGAGGGCGUCCACAGGAGGGACGGUUGAUGCCCUGGGAGUGAUGGAUCUCUCUAGGAGUCCUGGUCCUCGGACCCCCGACGACCUUGCCUUCAGCCCCAAGCUGGCUUACACAUAGCCCCCUGGCUUUCCUUCUGUGGCAGGGCUGAGGUGGCUUCCCCACGCACCCUCCACCCCACUGUGAAGGACAGCUCUUUGCGAGUUGGGCACUCCCCCCGCCCCCCCCCCCCCACACUUGAUUGCAAAGCAGAGCUACAUUGGUUUGCCUGUGGAUGGAAAGCCUUGCUGGAGGAGAUGAGGGUCCUGCCUGCCCUGGGAAUUUACUUGUGAUACCAGCGGUUGAGGGACACGCAGAAGCAGCCCGCCUGCUAACCUGGGAUCAGUUGAGCCCUGGAGCUGAUCCUUGCCCACAGCACUGAGAAUGGCUCCGAGGCACAGCCAGGCACCCAGACGGAGGUUAACCAGGGACACGCCGGGACUGUGACCCUGAUGUCUAUUCAGAGCUGCGCACUCCAGGGUGUGACAACUGUGCCGCGUGCUCCUGCGCGGCCUUCCAACCCGAAUCUGCCUUCCUGGGCCUGCUGUCUUUGUGUCGUGAAACUCAGGAGGGUUGUGCUGGUCACCAGGACAAAGAGGCCGCGUGCAGGGCGCUGCUGGUUCUUCCCGAUCCCAGGGCACAGCAAGGAGCAGCCAGCCCGCGCCAUGGCCUCGGCCGAGCCCCUGACCGCCCUGUCCCGCUGGUACCUGUACGCCAUCCACGGCUACUUCUGCGAGGUGAUGUUCACGGCCGCCUGGGAGUUCGUGGUGAACUUGAACUGGAAGUUCCCCGGGGUGACGAGCGUGUGGGCGCUCUUCAUCUACGGCACGUCCAUCCUCAUCGUGGAGCGCAUGUACCUGCGCCUGCGCGGCCGCUGCCCGCUGCUGCUGCGCUGCCUCAUCUACACGCUCUGGACCUACCUGUGGGAGUUCACCACCGGCUUCAUCCUGCGCCAGUUCAACGCCUGCCCCUGGGACUACUCCCAGUUCGACUUCGACUUCAUGGGGCUCAUCACCCUGGAGUACGCCGUGCCCUGGUUCUGCGGGGCGCUCAUCAUGGAGCAGUUCAUCAUCCGCAACACCCUCCGUCUCCGCUUCGACAAGGACGCUGAGCCCGGGGAGCCGGGCGGCGCGCUGGCCCUGGCCAACGGCCACGUCAAGACUGACUGAGCGGGUGGGGGAGGGCGGUGGGGCCGGAGUUUUCCCCCACCCCGGACCCCGUGGGCCAAGGUACCAAGCUGGUGGCGCUGCCUCUUCUGUACAGCACAAGCCCUGCCUAGCCUCUCUGCCCAGUAGAAUCCACGCGGCUCCCCGCGGCCUCACCGAGCCAGCGAGCGCGGGAUUGGGGGGGGCAUGGGUCAGCUGCCGUGUGGGGAGGGGGGGCAGUGCGGAGGGAUUGUGGGGAAGGGGGUGGAUGGGUGCGCCCGGGGGCCCAGGUCCUGUGGUGAUGAAAGGACUCCCAGGCGGGGCAGAAGGACGGGGCUGCAGAGCUGCUGCUGCUGCCCAGCCCACCCUCUCCCCUCUUAUCUGGUUCAGCUGGGCUUUGGCUGGCUCCAUUAGGCAAUAUUCAGGUGCUUGCUUGCAACCAAUACCUCCCCAGGGGCCUGCUGAGCUGCAGCCUAAGGAGAGAGGGGGCAGCCAGGAAGCGGCUUGGCUCUGGCGUGGGCUGGAAGGGCUGGACUCCUUCCCCUGGCCUCUCUCCCCAUUCCCCGGGGCCCCGAGCUAGCUGCUCCCUUGGCCUGCUGGGCCCCCCAUCCCUGCCCCCUGGUGCUGGUUUCCCACCAAUCUUAGGCUUUUGGAGGUUUUCACCCCUGUGUAUACUGUGGUGUACCCCACCCCCCACCCCUCACCCCUGCUCUUUUCUCUCUUAUUUUUCAAGGCCUUUACAACUAGCGGCCCCUUCAUCCAUGUCACACACCUUCCCACUCUGGUCCUCAUGCCCAGCUCCCAGCCAGCACAGCAGCUGCCAGAGGUAGAAGCCUGAGGCACGCAGCGCCCCCCCCCCCAAAAAAAAUCUGCGGCCUUCUUGCAGCUUUCCCUCCACUGUUUCUGGGGUUCUGGGGACAGGAAGCUCCCCGCCAUCCCUCCCACUCCACUGCUGGGCAAUGGAGGUGUCCCAGGUGCUCUUCUCCAUGUUCCCUCCCCACAGUGGCCCAGCUGGUGGCCCCUGACAAGGCUAUGUUCAAGCCCCCUGGGGCCCUCUGGAUCCACAAUGGGGACCUAGCAUCAGAUCCCUUCUGGGGAGGAGGAGGGUGGGGAGGCACCCGCUUAGUUGGUUUUCUGGCCAAAUAAGGGGCAGUGCAACCUUCGAAAGGAUGGAGCCCCAUAGAGAAUGACUGAGGAAGCCUCAGUUUUGGGAGGGUCUCUGGAACAUCCCGAGUGGCAAGGUUCUUGGUUUUGCUCUAGCCCCAGCCCUGCAGCAAAACCUCCUCAGGGUUAAUCCCUCCCCAGUAUCCCCAGCCCCCUGGCAAGGCUGAUCCUCUGGGCGCAUCUUCAACAGUAUUAACCCUGCCAUGUUCAUGGACAUUGUCAUGUUGGCUACCCUUUCCCCAUGACAGGCUUAUUGCUGGCAGUGGACAGCGGGGACCCUCACUCCGGCCCCCCAUCUUCUCCUUCCGUGCCCUCCUUAGGGCAAGGUUCCUCAGAAGGGAGCCAGCCCUGGCUCCUCGUCUCUUUGGACCACACUAGGACUUCUAGGUAGCAUUUAGUCUUCCCCUUUGUGUCAGUCUUUCAAAUGUGAAGAUGCCACCUGAGGAGACAGUCUCCUCUUUCUGCUGUGCUGCUCCACCUAGACCCACGCAGGGGAAAUCAGUCAAGACCCAGGCGGGCUGCGUGCCAAACGGGAGAAGGGCUGGGGGAGUCUGUCUUUGGCAGGGGGUCUCCAUGGCUGUCCCUGUCCUGAUUCGGAUGAAUAAGGACACCGCAGGAGCCAGUCUUUCCUUUCUUGACUAUUAUUGUGACUCCAAUUCCAGGACCUUGGGGAUUCCCGAGAUUAGGGCUUCCUAAUCCCAGGGGGAUCAGAUUGCGUCCUCUCUCUUAGUGGUGGGCAGUCCAGAGGGAGAAUAUUUUCCAGCUUCCUGAUUCCCUCUUGGGGGAAUUGUUCCUUGUUCUCUCCCCCGAGUCAAUGCUAACUCCAGGUCAUGGGUCGUUUCCCAGGAGACCUCUCGAACACCCUUUGCUCUCCCUUUUCAUGACUGGUUCUGUGGGUCCGCUUGCCACUGUGCCCAGCAUAUGAGGCCUCCAAGCUGAUUCUCAGCAGAGCCUGCCCUUCGGUGCCCUUCGGGUCUGGCUGCACACGCUGGCACCCUCGUCUCCCUGGGCCCUCUUGAUUCCCAAGUGCGGGCAGUGCUGGAGCAAACCUGCCCCACGGAGAACAUGCAGAACGUGUUUCUGCUUCGUCCAGGAGCCUGGUAGCUCCAGGGUGUAGAGCCCCCGAGGAAGGGGAGAUGAUGACCCAGGGUUGGAACACGGGAUCCUCAGCCUCAGAGCUCCCUGGGGUAGCCCAGACUUCAGACUUUUGGGGGCUAGCUUCAGGGUCACCAUCCCUCCAUGUCCCCUGCCGAGCAGGGGGCAGUGCUGGUGGGGAGAGUUGCUCCCCGUUGAUGAACCAACAGCCUCUCCACCGCACACGGCAGCAGCUCUGCGAUCCGGAAGGCCGAGUGCUGCCCUGCAUGGUCCAUUAGCUUCCGAUGUCUGCUAGUCACCCCUCCCACGUGGCCUGUCCCUCUGAUGGCAGAGAGCCACAGUGGCCUAUGCUUCUUCACAGCAAUAAUACUUAGGGAGUACCCUCAAGUCCUUUUGUCCUGGUUCUUCACUCUGGGCUUCCUGGGAGGGGGCGGGGUGGCAGUGCCGAGUGGAAGCCAUGAAGAGAACCUGUUUUCCUGCAGCUCUGGGCUGCACCGUGGCCGCUGUAGGGGAAGCAGAGAGGAGAGAAGCUUGGCUCUGGGCCAAGGCAGGAGAGGCUCCUCCGGGCAGAGGCUGCCCCCAGACCCAGAGGCACUGUGGACCGGGGUCCCGUCUUUGAAGUGGGUGGCUGUCUUGAGACUGUGGCAGCUUGUGGGGGGGUGGGGGUGCAACACCACAGCGGGGGUGUGCGCCAUUGCCUGCUCUGUCUCCGUUGAUCUCUGUCUCUUCCUUUUCACAUUUGUGCACAUAAAAUAUACUGUGUUUGUGUUCCAGGA